AUGCCUCAGGAAAAUAUCAAGAAGGUUCGUCAGUCUUAUACCCUUAAAGAGAAAGCCAAUGUUGUUCGGUAUGCUCUUCGUGAAGGCAAUCUUAGGGCCGCUGCCAAGUUUGAUUUAGAUAAGACUCAAGUUGGUCGUUGGGUAACGAAGUUAAAGGGUAAACUUGAUGAGGUUGAUCAUAGCAAAUCCCGUCGUCUUGAAGGUGGUGGUAGAAAAAGUUUUUUUCCUGACGAAGAAGUGCAGCUUUAUAGGUGGAUAUCUGAAAUGCGUAGUGCAGCACUUGCUGUAACAUACAAUAGUCUCAAGUUUGAAAUGUUAAGAAUC